GAACCGAACAACAAGUCCAUAGCAACAACAGCCUUACCUCUCUACGAACACCUUGGGACAUUCCAAAAAUGGCGUCGCGGACACCCACACCAGAUGGCGGCAACCGCGAACGACUACCGAAUCUCUUCGAAGUGCUGUCACGGCGAACGUUGGCCCCCGUGGACCUGUUCUCCUUCUACAUCUAUAUGCGCGAUGUACAGCGCAGCGUCGACUAUCUUGACUUCUGGCUCGAUGUCUCACAACACAUGUCGCUAUGUCGACACUACGUCCGCGAACUACGCCGAAGCGUGUUGAUUUCCACUCCGGAGUUGGAAAAGGGUGCAGGAUCAAAGCGUUCGUCGCAAGUGCUUGACAAUUACACUCUCGACCGCACCUCUUCCGACCAAGGACCCAGCGGCACCCCUGGCGGUAAUGGCGCCGAGAAGAAAGAGCGCAUGAGUCAAGACCAACGCCUGUCCGCCUUCCUGCGCGAUGAAAGAGACGUCAAGCAUAGUCCUCACACCAGCCAUGGCAGUCGCAGCGAAGACAAUACGCCUGGCUCAGAACAGCCGCCUCGGGCUAGCUUCAUGACUGGCACCGGCACCGGCUCACCAUCUCCGUUGAACAACAGCAACACUAUCAGUCCACAGCACACUGUUGCCAGGGCCGACAUCCGGGCUUCGGCGGAGAAGGUCCUCUAUACAUUUCUACUACCCGGUGCAGAACGGGAGAUCAUCUUACCGCAAGGCAUCCUCAACGAGAUCACGUCCGCGAUUGAAAAGGAGGGCCGUGAUGACCCUGAGAUCUUCGAUUCUGCAAAAGACUACGUCUUCCAAGCCAUGGAGCGAGAUGCUUUCCCAGGCUUCUUACGCGCGAAAGCGCUCGGUAACAUUGUGCAACCAAGCAUGCUACUCCGGCUCAUCUUAGGGCUGGUGUCAUUGUUUGCUGCCUUCUGGACGGCCUUCAUACUGAUCUUCCUGGACAAAAAUCGGGCGACAAGAUGCUGGGUCAUCUGGCCGUUCACGUUUGGCGUCUACUUCUUGGCGAGCCAUCAGUAUAUGCUUGAUCCGGUGAUUGCGUUAGCGGGAUACAGCGAGUAUACUUUCAUGAACUACCAUGCAGUCAAAGAGCCUUUUGUGCGGUGAGUCGUCUGUUGCGAGCUACAGUAUUCCACUAACAUGGCUGUAGGAAACUGCUGAACAAGCGCGCCUUCAUGUGUCUCGGCUGGAUUUUGGUUAUUGAUGCAGCGCUCUGCUGUUUGUUCAUCUUCGUGCCAGGUGUCCGGUUAUGAUGUAAGACGAGCUUUGGUCGACAUUGAUCCUUGCGGCGUUCAGGGGCAGGCAACUGCAUUGCGAGAUAUGGUCUUUCCGCAGGCACGGAAGCCUCGAUGAAGAACGCUUUGGGCGUCUUCGGAAGAUGCUGUUGCAGUGUCUUUCGUCGCCCAGUCUUGAUCAACGUAGCUGUACAACUAACAUUUGCUUAUACUGAUGCGGUCAGAAAGACCACGACUUCGGCAUCUGCUCGCUUGCUUUUAGCAUCACUUUCUUGACGCGUCAGCAUAGAAUACCUCGCGUCCAAACUCUGCGGGCUGGGGCUGAAACGAACAGUCGCUGCAAAUACA